AUGCCUCAGCUUCGUAGUGGAGUGCGACGUGCUCGUGCAGCGCCCGUAAUCGAAAAACAAUCGGAACCACCGGUUAAGAAAAACACGCCGGCGCCGAGGGGGAGGGGUAGACCAAGAACUAGAUUGGUCGCCAAGAAAUCUGAGCCGUUGACACAACAGUUAUUGGUGGUUGAAGAAGGUGUGGGUGUGAUGGGUGAUGAAAGAGUUGGUGUCAGUGCUAAUAAGGAUAAAGGUGUUGCUGCUGUUCCAGAAGAAGAUGCCAACUCUCCUCCUCUUCCAGAAAGGGUUCAAGUAGGAGGAUCGCCUCUCUACAAGGUAGAAAGGAAACUUGGUAAAGGUGGAUUUGGCCAAGUUUUUGUUGGUCGCCGCGAGCGUGCUAAUGCUCCUGGAGCUGUGGAGGUGGCUCUGAAAUUUGAACAUAGAAACAGUAAAGGGUGCAACUAUGGCCCUCCUUAUGAGUGGCAAGUAUACAACACACUUGGUGGUAGUCAUGGAAUACCUAAAGUACACUAUAAAGGAAGACAAGGAGAAUAUUAUGUGAUGGUCAUGGACAUUCUUGGUCCAAGUUUGUGGGAUGUAUGGAAUACCUCAGGCCAGUCGAUGUCUCCUGAAAUGGUCUCAUGUAUAGCUGUUGAGUCAUUAUCAAUACUUGAGAAGUUGCACGCAAAAGGUUAUGUACACGGAGAUGUAAAACCAGAGAACUUUUUACUAGGUCAGCCCAACACAGCACAGGAGAAGAAAUUGUUUCUUGUUGAUCUUGGUUUAGCAACAAAGUGGAAAGAUUCAUCAAGUGGAAAGCAUACUGAAUAUGAUCAACGCCCUGACAUGUUUAGAGGGACUGUUCGAUACGCUAGUGUUCAUGCUCAUUUGGGAAGAACUGCCAGUAGAAGAGAUGAUCUUGAAUCACUUGCAUACACACUAAUCUUCCUUCAUAGGGGCCGAUUGCCAUGGCAAGGUUUCCAGGGUGAUGGUAAAUCCUUCCUCGUUUGCAAAAAGAAAAUGGGAACAUCUGCCGAGAUGUUGUGCUGCUUUUGCCCUGCUCCUUUUAAACAAUUUCUCGAGACUGUAGUGAACAUGAAGUUUGAUGAAGAACCCAACUAUUCCAAGCUAAUAUCCUUGUUUGAUGGUAUACUUGGACCUAAUCCUGCAAUGCGACCAAUUAAUAUCGAAGGCGCUCUAAAGGUUGGGCAAAAGCGGGGUAGAUUACCUGCUGAUGCAGAUGACGAACAGCCCAAAAAGAAGGUUCGUUCGGGGAUUCCUGCUUCCCAAUGGAUUUCAGUUUACAAUGCUAGACAACCGAUGAAACAAAGGUAUCAUUACAAUGUGGCUGAUGGAAGAUUAGCACAGCAUAUUGAGAGAGGGAUUGCAGAUGACCUUCUUAUCAGUUGUGUAUCAUGUUGUUCCAAUCUAUGGGCACUUAUCAUGGAUGCUGGAACUAAUUAUACCGCUCAAGUUUACAAGUUAUCACCAUUGUUUUUACACAAGGAAUGGAUCUUGGAACAAUGGGAUAAGAACUUCUACAUUACUUCUAUUGCAGGGGCCAAUAAUGGAAGCUCUGUUGUGGUGAUGUCUAAAGGUACGAGGUACACUCAACAAUCGUACAAAGUAAGUGAAUCUUUUCCCUACAAAUGGAUAAACAAGAAGUGGAAAGAAGGUUUUCAUGUCACCUCAAUGGGUACUGCUGGAAACCGCUGGGGUAUUGUUAUGUCUCGCAAUGCUGGAUUCAGCGAUCAGGUGGUGGAGCUGGAUUUCCUCUAUCCGAGUGAAGGAAUCCACAAACGCUGGGAUAAUGGUUAUAGGAUUACAGCAACUGCGGCUACAUUGGAUCAAUCUGCGCUUAUAUUAAGUAUCCCGAGGAACAGGCCUGGUGAUGAAACUCAGGAAACUCUGCGUACAUCUCAAUUCCCCAGUGCUCAUGUAAAGGAAAAAUGGUCAAAAAACCUUUAUCUUGCCCAUUUGUGCUAUGGGCGCACAGUUUGCUGA